AUGUUUGCUGGGCAGUGCUACCAGUCACUCCGUGCCUCUUGCCUGGAGAAGGGACAACUGUUCACGGAUCCUGAAUUCUCUUAUAUAAACUCUGACCCGGACGUUAAAUGGAAACGACCACCUGUGAGUACAAGAAAGCAGAAUGCUGUGGAUUUAGCCAGCGCAAUACAAUUUGUUAAAGACAGAAAAGUAAACUGGCAUGGUUAGAAGUCAAUGGAAGCACUGAUUAAAGAACAAGGGAUGAGCUACUUAAUGGGCAAAAUGUCAAUCAUGUCUUUUUAUUUCUGCAGGAGUUCUGCCAAAACCCAAAAUUUAUCGAUAGUGGAGCAAGGUCCACCGAUAUUUGUCAGGGGCAACUAGGUAAAUGCUAAAAUACUAAGCAAAUUGUACAACUGCUAUUAAACAUGUUAGCGUGAUAUGCGAAAUUACAUUUAUUCAGGUGAUAUCCUAUUGUACAGCGCUACGGAAUCUGAUGGCGCUAUAUAAAUAAUAAAUUAAUAAUAAUAAUAUCAUAUACAUAGCGCCAAUAUGUUCUGGGGAGCUUUACAGCUGCUAAAUUAAUAAAUAAAACAUUGUUGACAGAACCAAAAGGUGAAAAUGUCUGCUCGAACCACCCUUCAAUCGUAUGGUCUGCAUUUAAUUAUAGAAAAGUUUAUUGAUUGAUUGAUUGAUAAAUUAAUUGAUUGCCAUUUUGGGGGAUUCUGUAAAGACUGUCAAUAACUUUCAGUUUUGACUUUUUCUCUUUUUUUUCUGAAACAACAAAUAUUCUCAGAGCUGACUUUGAAAGGUUCUUUGGGAGAUUCAAAAAGUCUUUGCAUACAUGAAUGGAAAAACCGUCUACGAGUGAAGCAAUCACUAUGGAAACCACGUAUUGUUCCUGCUUUCCCCAUUAGUUUCCAGAGUAAUUGUUCCAUUUGCGAACAUAGCCCAACUUCUCUGCAAGUGGCAAAUGUAACUCUUCCUCCGAGUCUUUUUCAAAACUUAAUAUUGUCUCCAUAAUAUUCCAAAAUUAUUUAACAAUACUGUACUCCUGGGAGUGGGAAGAGUAUCUUUGAAUACCACAAAAAAAUCCACUCUCUUCAUGUGAUAUCUCCCUCCCCCUAGGUGACUGCUGGCUUCUCGCCGCCAUAUCGUCACUCACGCUCCAUCCAACCCUACUGUCUCGCGUGGUCCCUGAGGAUCAGACUUUCUGCCCCAGUGGAGGCUACUGCGGUAUCUUCCACUUUAAAGUAAGGGCAUUUCAGGUUUGGCAGUAUAAUAAAGCCACAUUGUGUGGAGGAGACAGCAUAUGGUUCUUCAACAAAGUCUCCCCAAUGCCGUACCCUGCGAACCUUCCAUCUAAUAUUAGAUAUACAACGUAGAUUCUCUAAUAUUUGAUACUUUAUCUCUGUUCUUGUAAUAAUUCAUACUGGGUUAUGAAAAGUUGGGAACUGGAAAAAUAACAAUUUUAAAAACACACUGAUUGUUGGUGCCCAGUGCAUACCCCAGCUGCCAUGUAGAUUGUGUGUUCUGAUUGAACAUUGUAGUUUUCCUAGUGCGUGUAGAAGGGGGGGAUAUAUUGACCAGUAUACAUUUUUGAUGGAUAUAACAUUGUUGGGCGAAGAAAUCUGAUGAAUUAGAGAUGUAUUUUUUUAUUUUUUUUUGUCAGCCUUGGCUUUUUGUUUAUACAUUUUGUAAACCCAGCUCAUUUCAUUAUUUGGUUGAUAAAUGUUCUCAUCUUGUCUCUGUAGUUGUGGAGAUUUGGUGAGUGGGUCGAUGUUGUUGUGGAUGACAAACUCCCAACAAAAGGAGGUCGACUUCUGUACACCAAAAGUGACACUCGGGGGGAGAUGUGGAGCACACUUCUGGAGAAAGCCUACGCAAAGUGAGACAACAAACCAGCAAUCCACAGAUACACAUCUAUUAAGCCAUUAAAUGUCCAUGUUAAAUGACAAACAACUUGUAUUGGAAAAACUGUGGUUUUGAACUUUUUUACUAACUCUAAAAAAUGCCUCAGCAGCCUUUGGAGCCUGCAUUGCACUAUAGAAGGCAUUUUCAUUACAGCGAUUGGUUUUUGUGAGCAGUUGCAUAGAACCUGCAUCCAUUUCAGCCAACAGGAACCAUCAGAAAGCAGCAUUUUAGGUACCAACCAGGGGUGUUGUUAGGUUCUAUAAACACCUUUGGCUUGAGCCCAAAGGAAUACCCGAAGACUAUCACACAGAAAGAGAGAUAGAGAGAGACAGAGAUAUGUUAGGAGAUAUCAUCUCCCCCCUCCCUUUCUAUGUCAUGUCCCUCCUUUAAACCCAUAAACAGCAUGCUUAUUACAGAUCUCCAUGAGAGCAUAGCAGGAUACAAGCACAUGCUGUGCAGUCAGGUAUUUAAUGCCAUCCUGCCAUGCUUCCUAACUAAUAGAGGGCUGUGUAGUAAAAUUCUAUUCCCCAGCACCCCUUCCAGACAAUCACCUGGGGCACAUCACCAACUCCCUGCCAGAGCAGUUUACUACUAAUCAUUCUUUUUAUAAUAGGUGGCUGUCUUAAUAAGCAGCUGCCUGAUUUAAAAUAAAAAAAAAAAAAAAAACCUGUAAUAUAUCCGCCAUCUGUGGAUAUCCAGGACUAAAGAGCCCCAAUCUGGGGCUUCAACCACCAAGCCCUUCCCUAGAUACACCUAUGGGGGUAACCUGUGGGCUAGGAGCCACUUUUCUACUUUAACUCCUAGUGAACCAUUUUCAAAUGGAGAGUAUUCAAAAGUACAGUAUUAAUAUGGUGUCUCCAUACACAGGGUGUGCGGGGGAUAUUCGGCACUUCAAGGGGGAGCUAUUCCAGAGGCGCUGGAGGAUUUUACUGGGGGUGUAGCCGAAAGUGUCAAUGUGACCAGGCAAAGUGUGGAGGAAAUCUGGGAGCUGGUUAACCAAUCAGAAGGAGACAAGGCUCUGAUGGGUUGCUAUAUAGAGGUGAUGUAUCAUCUAAUCACACCUUGUUCUGAAUUACAUGCAUAUUUAAACUUUGUGCCAAUCGCUCAAAGCUGUCUAACUACAAGCACUAAAUUCUGACAUACUGACACAGCACCAUGCACUAACCCUGCAUAGACAUGCUGCAUAUAAUCUGUAUUUACUAAUAGCAUAAUCUCUCUCUAGGUAUCAGAGCCCAGUGACAUUGGAAGAAUUAACGACGAAGGUUUAGUAUUAGGACAUGCAUACUCAGUGAUUGGAGCCAAGAAAGUGAGUGAACACUUCCUACCCCUUCUCUCUAAUCUCUAAAAACCAAAUCUGUAUUUCUAUAUUGCCAUCCCUUCCUCUUCCUUCUUGCCCCAUUCAUUCUUUCUCAUUCCCAAGGUGCAGUCCAGGUUGGGAGAAGUCCUUCUUCUACAUCUGAGGAAUCCAUGGGGUUUUACUGAGUACAAAGGAGCUUGGAGUGAUCGGUAUGAAUGAUAGAGAGUGACCGACUAUUCUGGAACUAGCAAUGCUGUUUUCCUAUAUGGCAGAUUUGUCCGAGUGAACCAUUCGAGAGGGAUGACUUUAGAUAAUGAUCAAUGGUACCAAGUUCUAACACUGUUCUAUGAUGGGUGGAGCUUUUACCUAUUGAGUGAGGCUUUCCCUAAACAAGAUAGAACUCGUGAGACUGCUCUCCCACUGAGAGUAUUCACCAAAUUAGUGACCCUGAUCUCCACUAACGGAGACUACUCUCCCAAUGAGUGAGACUGUUUUACCAAUGAAUGAGACUGUUCUCCCUUUGAGCAAGAAUGCUGUCUCAAUAAGUGAGAAUGUUUUCCGAUGGAUCAAGAUUCCUUGCUCUUAAUAUAUUUUUUGUUUGCAGUUCUUUGGAUUGGGAAACUGUGUCAGAGAAAGAGAGGAAAGAGUUAAACGUACAGAAGGAAGACGGGGAGUUUUGGUAAUAUUUGGACUUUACAUAUUGUCUUAGCACAGACCAUGACAGCAGGGAGUGAAGCAGGGAAGACCAUAGAGACUAACAGUUGGAUUUCAUACACAAGGUGCAGGGAGUAAAGCUUUCAUGUCCAUAGCAUCCUUUCUGUAUGUAUGGUUAAACUGAGAGAGACACUGCACCUAGACCCUGUAUUAAUCUAUCACAGUGCAUGUUAUUUGAGAAAUGCUUAGAUCAUCAAUACCUAGAGUAUUCUUUUAACCACUCAGAAAUACACUCUCCAUUUUCUUCAUGUGUGAUAUGAAUGUUGUGACUUCCAUAUGUUCUCUGUAUAAUGUUCUGCAUGUCACACACAGGAUGCUGUGCAAGGACUUCUGCAAAAUCUUUACCCUCCUCGUCCUCUGCAGAAUCAAUUUAGAUUCUUCUUGUUGGAGUGUCACUAAUCUGAGUGGACGCUGGGAGAGUGGGGUCAGUGCAGGAGGAGGUCGAAGACUCAGUGAGUAUACCUCUUGUAAAACAAAAUACAUUAACAUGACGACUUUAUGACCACAGACUGAGGGUGCCUUGCAUAAUGUAUGUGUUAUUAUUAUUAUUGUUUUUUAUGUAGCGUCAACGCAUUCCGCAGUGCUUUGCUUUAUUAUAUAGGGGAAAUGUAAUAAUAAAGGAGACAAUUACAAAAUGUUACAGGAACAAUAGAUUGGUGAGGACCCUGCUCAAACGAGCUUACAGUCUAUUCUUCACAGAUUUAAAGCGGCCUUGCCAUGUUGUUUUUUGUUUUGUUUUAGUAAUCCUGUCAUUAUGCCCUUAUUUUAUUAUGAUUAUACUUCCCCCAUAACUUGCCUUAAUUUAUUUUCUCUUCUUUGUUGACCCAGAUUUCAAAACAUAGGUCCGCCAUUUUGCCCUUCUGUGGAUUUUUUUUGACUGAUAUAGAUUUGGUAAAUUAGCAUAGUAACGGAAAUUGUCUCACAGUUAGACCCUAUGGCCUUCCCUGCUUCUGUGCUGGAAGUGAAGCAGGGAAGACCAUAGAGACUUACUGUUGGUUUUCAAACACUAGGUGCAGAGAAUAAAGCAGGGAAGACCAUAGAGACUAACUGUUGGAUUUCAAACACUGGGUGCAAGGAAUGAAGCAGGGAAGACCAUAGAGACUAACUGUUGGACUUCAAACACUAGGUGCAGGGAGUGAAGCAGAGAAGACAAUAGAGACUAACUGUUGGUUUUCAAACACUAGGUGCAAGGAGUGAAGCAGGGAAGACCAUAGAGACUAACAGUUGGAUUUCAAACACUAGGCGCAGAGAAUGAAGCAGGGAAGACCAUAGAGACUAACUGUUGGUUUUCAAACACUAGGCGCAGGGAGUGAAGCAGGGAAGACCAUAGAGACUAACAGUUGGAUUUCAAACACAAGGUGCAGGGAGUGAAGCAGGGAAGACCAUAGAGACUAACAGUUGGAUUUCAAACACAAGGUGCAGGGAGUGAAGCAGGGAAGACCUUAGAGACAAACUUGGUUUUCAAACACUAGGUGCAGGGAGUGAAGCAGGGAAGACCAUAGAGACUAACUGUUGGAUUUCAAACACUAGGUGCUGGGAGUGAAGCAGGGAAGACCAUAGAAACUAACUGUUGGAUUUCAAACACUAGAUGCUGGGAGUGAAGCAGGGAAGACCAUAGAGACUAACUGUUGGUUUUCAAACACUAGGUGCUGGGAGUAAAGCAGAAAAGACUAUAGAGAUUAACUGUUGGAUUUCAAACACUAGGUGCUGGGAGUAAAGCAGGGAAGACCAUAGAAACUAACUGUUGGAUUUCAAACACUAGAUGCUGGGAGUGAAGCAGGGAAGACCAUAAAGACUAACUUGGUUUUCAAACACUAGGUGCAGGGAGUGAAGCAGAAAAGACUAUAGAGACUAACUGUUGGAUUUCAAACACUAGGUGCUGGGAGUAAAGCAGGGAAGACGAUAGAGACUAACUGUUGGUUUUCAAGCACUGUCCGACUAAAGGUGCAUGUAUAUGGCUGAAGGAUCCCGUCAGACAGGGAUUAGUUUUCUACAUAUACUUCCUAUAAAAAAAAUCUAUUUCCUUUCACAACUUGAUGGAAGGAUUCUUAUAUUAAUAAAUUGUUCUGAGGUGACGGUUGUCCUUUAAGACCUUGACAUUUCCAGAGAUCCCACCAACAACAUCAGAAAAGGUAGUCUUUUCUUUAUCUAAUGUAUAACUAAAUAGGGUACAAAGAGAAAAUACACUAAAAAUAAAACAGAGAAACAAUGGGACUAAAAAAAGGAUUCAUUUAAAAGCAAAACCUGCAACGUAACAAUGUUGCUUUAAUUUGCGUUCAUGUGCCCUUCAAUAUGGGAAUUUAUGGUAUAAAGUUCCACUUAUCCCAACUUCUCUAUUGGUCAGAAUCCUUCUUCAACAAUCCACAGUUCCGGCUGCACAUUGAUGAAGUUUCCAGCCCUGACCAGAAGGUGGAUCCAGCGCAGGGGGAGGAGACUUACACUUCCCAAGAAGAGGAUGGGAUAAAGGGUCGUCAAAUCCUUCUACAACUGCUUCAGACUGACCCUAGGAGAGAUAGGUUUCACAUAGCAUGUCACCUGUACAAGGCAAGUUUCUAUGUUUUGUAAGUUAUUUUUUAUAUAGCAGAAACGUAUUUCACAGAGCCGUGCAAUGGUAUAAAUCAUUUAUACAAUCAAUUUGCAAACUGUAGAUUUUAUAUUGAUAUAUUACUGAAAGUGUUGUAUCCUUUUUUUUGGUGACGUUUAUAGAUUUCAUUAUUACUUUCUGUUUCUAACAAUAAAUUAUGUUUCAUUUAUUAUAGGUACCAGAGAGCCUUGUGAGUAUUACCCAGAAUACCUUUAUGGAAGACAAUGUAUUGACAGUAACACAGAUACGUAGGAUUCUGUAUUCCACCAGGCAGGACCCACACGCAGGGGUGUAUAUUUCAGUAUGACACUAAGGUUAAUAGAAUAACACUUUAGGACAAUAUAUCUCUAGCACUAAGGCUGCCUACAUAGUAUAUUCUGCUUCUGAUACAAUAUAUAUGUGGAUAUUGAAAGAUUUGUCAAAGUCCUGACCAACACUACAGACUCAGGUCUCUUUCCAUGUUAUCUCCUGACCAGGGCCUUCAUACAAUGCAGAUAAAAUGUCUCUGUCUAUGCAUGGGUACUGCAGAGAAGAACUCCUGUCCAACUUUUAUAAAAGAGAAUUCCUGCACACAUGUCUAAUGUCAUGAAAAUACCUACUGUGGCCUUUAGGUACCAUAAACAGAGGCAACAGUGAUUUAACUGUUAAGUGGCAGAGAAAUGAGCAGUGAGACUGCAGGAACAUGAUAUAUACACCAACACUGCUUCAUUAAGCUGAAGAUUAUUUGGUGCUUAUAGUGUGCCUUUGUAAUGCCUUGAGAGUUUAUCCUUCACCCCAUUGGACUCCCAGAGAGACACAGACUGAGCACAUAAAUACAUAAUAACAUUUUGCUGUCAUUGUUCUAGUCUUUGCGUCCUCGGCUGGACCGUGGGUUUUUCACGCGGAGUCGUCCAGUUUGUGACACUGGGGAUCCUCAAAAUAGCCGGGGAGUGGUGUUACGCACUCUCGUGAAUUCAGGAGAAUAUGUCAUCGUGCCUUCCACACACAAUCCCAAUGAGGAGGGAACUUUUCUAAUCAGAGUUUACUGUGAAAAAAUGGGCUGUAUGAAAGUAAGACUUCCCAACUGCCACAAUCUAUAAUUUCUAAAAUACUGUUGCUUUAAAGGGACACUUUAGGCACCCAGACCACUUCGUCUCAUUGAGGUGGUCUGGGUGCAGUGUUUAAACUGCAAAGUUAAAUGAAAACUACAGGCUAGGAAUACAAAAUUGCUCCCUAUAGUGCCCCCAUUGCUCGUGUUAUUCCCCUCCGCAGUGCAGAACCCUUUUGUCUCUUACCUGAAGUCAGCGCCGAUGUCUUCCUUCCCCAAUGUUGGCUGAAGUCGGGGGACCUAAAAUGCAUAUAGACAGCCACUAGAGGUAGAGUUAACCCUGGAUAGUAAUUAUUGCAGUUUCUCAAUAACUGCAGUAAUUACAAUUGUAGGGUUAAACUGACAGGGACACUGCAACUAAACCACUUCAAUUAGCUGAAGAGGUCUGGGAGCCUAUGGUGUCCCCUUGGGUCUGCCUCACUGUGGGUGCUUCCAUGAUGCUGGAGAUCCUCAUGCUUUGGUUGGGGGUUGUUCAAUGUCUUCGAAUUCCCCAUUGGAAGACAUUGAUUCAAUGCUUUCCUCAGGGGGCGGCUUGAUGUGCAUGGCCAUGCAUGUUGGGUCUCCUCAUUGCUGACAUUGAAUGAGAUGUUAAAAAGAGUUUUUGACCCUUUUAAUGUUGGUAGGCAGGGGGACAAUAUAACAUUAGGAAUACAAGCUUGUAUUCCUAAUGAUAUAGGUGUGCCUUCAGUGUUACCACAUCCUGUGAACGCCUGGAAGGUGGAAUUGAACCACUCUGUUGUUAAACAGCUACAGGUUUGAAGCCUGCACCCCAGACCACUGAGGAUCAUCCAGGCAAGUUACCUAGCUAUCCUAAGUUGUAUAUAAAGCUCCAGUACUAUUCCUUAUUUCAGUUAAGGCACAUUUAUCUAAUAAAAUAAACUUUCUCUUUAUAUAACAUUAUUGCAUUCUUCCAGUAAUAUAAAAAUAUAAAUAUGUUUUACCUUAGUUAAUGAGUAGCAGCCUGCCAAUAAACAAGCAAGAUCUCUCAAUAAUUCAAAGGCUGAAAUGCAAAUACACCCAGUGCAUGCUGGUAUCUACAAGGAUCAAUAAGAUCAAUAGGCCUUCAUUAGGCACGUGGAUAGAUUAUGAAACGAAACAUAUGAGCCGCAGUUACUGUUUCCUAUCUAGCAUGGUUACAGUAAAAUAAACAAAGUUAUUCAUUAAAGUGUGCGUCCUUGCAGGAAUACCAAGUGAAUUCCAAUUAAAUCUGAAAUUUUAGGCCAAAGCAGUCAAGCAGGAAUAAUUCCAGUUAUUAACUAUGAUUCCAGUUUGGCUAUUUUGCCCUUAAAUGUUAAAUCCACCUUUGCACGACACCACGUUCAUUAAUGCAUUGCUCUGCUUUAAACACUAGCGUUGAUUGUCAUUUUUCUCUGCAUGUUUUCUCUCAGGAAGACUGAGUAAUUUCAGCAAACUACCAGCAGUGCAAAGGUGAGAGAAUCUGUUAAUACAUUCUAUCCUGCAAAGCAAAGAGUGUUCUAGGUAGCAACCAGUGACGGUCAUUGGGGGUCAUUCAUUAAACAGGGACACACUGAAAAAAUAAUCAGGUUAAAGAUAAAAAUCAUUGAAAACUCAGUUCUUCAGGAAAGGGUAUCAAUUAAACUGUUAAUAGCUUUCCCUCCUUGCACACUGAUUCCUCUCCUGCAACUGAAAUAAAAACUACUCAAGCCCUCAGUGAAUACUAUUCUAGCAACCUAGUUUUCUACCCUACCCUUAACUUGUGUGUCACUUUAACCCCCCUCCAUUUAGCAUGUAAACUCACUGAGCAGGGCCCUCAAUCCCUCUGUUACUGUGUCACUAUACCCCACUCCCUCUAACAUGUAAACUCACUGAGCAGGGCCUCAAUCCCUCUGUUACUGUGUCACUAUACCCCCACUCCCUCUAACAUGUAACCUCACUGAGCAGGGCCCUCGAUCCCUCUGUUACUGUGUCACUAUAUCCCACUCCCUCUAACAUGUAACCUCACUGAGCAGGGCCCUCGAUCCCUCUGUUACUGUGUCACUAUACCCCACUCCCUCUAACAUGUAAACUCACUGAGCAGGCCCUCGAUCCCUCUGUUACUGUGUCACUAUACCCCACUCCCUCUAACAUGUAAACUCACUGAGCAGGGCCUCAAUCCCUCUGUUACUGUGUCACUAUACCCCACUCCCUCUAACAUGUAAACUCACUGAGCAGGGUCCUUAAUCCCUCUGUUACUGUGUCACCAUACCCCACUCCCUCAACAUGUAAGCUCACUGAGCAGGGCCUCAAUCCCUCUGUUACUGUCACUAUAUCCCACUCCCUCUAACUGUUAUGUAACAAACUCACUGAGCAGGCCCUCAAUCCCUCUGUUACUGUGUCACUGUACCCCACUCCCUCUAACACGUAAACUCACUGAGCAGGGCCCUCAAUCCCUCUGUUACUGUGUCACUAUACCCCACUCCCUCUAACAUGUAAACUCACUGAGCAGGGCCCUCAAUCCCUCUGUUACUGUGUCACUAUACCCCACUCCCUCUAGUAUGUAAGCUCACUGAGCAGGCCCUCUGUUACUGUGUCCCUAUACUCCACUCCCUCUAGCAUGUAACCUCACUGAGCAGGGCCCCCAAUCCCUCUGUUACUGUGUCACUAUCAGGGCCGGUGCAAGGAUUUUUGACGCCCUAGGCAAAAAGAAAAUUUGCUGCCCAUUCACUCCUCAGUGGUCAUGUAGGUUUAACCCGACAAAAUAAAAGAUUGACUUACCUUGAAGGGUUAAACAUGCCUCUAGUAGCUGUCACACUGACAGCCAAUAGAGGCACAUCUGCGGAUGGAAGUGUAUAGAGCUUGCCACUUAUGCGCAUCAGGUCCCCAGUGCUCCUGCAUGAGGAACAUUGGAUUGGACCAGUGUUGUCCCAUCAGUGACAUUAAGCGAGGUAAGGAGGCAAGCAUUGCAGAGGGAGUCUUGGGCUUGAAAAAUGUAAAUAAAAGUAAAUCCCCCCCCCCUCCCUUUUUCUUUUCUUUUUAAAGAAAAUCAUUUUAUGGUGUAGGGGGGAAGGGAGUGGUGAGGAUUUCAAUCUAAGUAGGGACAGGUUUAUAUUCCUAACACUAUUGUGUUCUUUUAAAACUAUUGAUUUAAAAAAAAAAAAUUAUAAAAUGGUUCUUUCUGCCCAAAUGCAAUCACUGAUACAUACAUACACACCCUCACACACACUCAUUCACACUCAGUGGUCCACACAAUCACAAUUUGUGACCAAUGCACACACACAUUCACUGACUCAUGCAGAGUGACACACACAUACUGACUCAAGCAGACAUAAAAUUACUUGUGUUGACUGACACUCACACUAAGCUCCACCUCCGCUAUUCUCCCGCCCAUUUGACCCCGAGUACAGGCAAGGGGUGGGAGCGAUCGAGCAAUGCGCCCUUGCGCUGCCCCGGCUUUUUCAAUGGGUGGGAGGUCGGCUCUCUGUGGUAGUUGCGUGUGGAGGUUUAUGCCACCGGGCGCUAGUCUGCAUCUAUGUAGGUGCUCACUAGCGCCCGGUGGCAUGACCUGCAGCACACAAUAUAGAAUUAGUCUCUCAUAGAGGGACUAGCAUUAGAGCUACUGCCGGCGCCCCCCUCUUGAUCAGCGCCGUAGGCGGCCGCCUAGUUGGCCUAUAGGGAGUGCCGGCCCUGGUCACUAUACUCCACUCCCUCUAGCAUGUAAGCUCAUUGAGCAGGGCCCUCAACCCCUCUGUUACUGUGUCACUAUACCCCACUCCCUCUAACAUGUGGAAUCUAUUGGCACUUUAUAAACAAUAACAUAAAAACAUUCUCCAAAUCAGUUUUUUUGUAGAUCAUCUAUUUUGGCAUACAGUAUGUCAAUUCUCUUCAAUUUCCAGUUCAUUGUAUAAACUCGGCUGUAAUAGCAGCAGGAUCUCGUCCAUGUUUGCAGGCUGCCCUCUAGAGGUUUAGUUCAGGGAGUUUUUUUUUAAAUGUCCCUAUUUAGGAGGGACAGUCCCUAUUUUGAGUCCAAAUCCCUCUGUCCUUCUUUUCUAUCCCAAUGUCCCUCUUUUCUAGGAGUUCCAUUUUGUUGGUGUUACUCGCAUAUACAAUAAAUGUGUUAAGAAAUCAGUCUGUGUAAAUAGGACACAUCUCAUUUGUACUAAACCGCAUCCAUAAAUUGUUACUAAUUGUGACCUAACAUUUCUUAAAACUGCUCUGCCCCUGGACCCCCCCCUCACCCCUGGAAAUUAAAGUGUCCCUCUCUGUUUAUUUCAAACGUUAGUAGACAUUUCUGUAUUUUCUGGAUUCGGAAACUGAGUUUUUUAGGUAAAAAGGUUAAUAAUAAAACAUGUUAGUAUGUUUCUCUUUAUAGCACAGAUAUCUAGCUGUGGUUAUUCUGGCAGAGAAUUGUGGGAAUUGUAGUCUAACAGCUGGAUGGGCACCCCAUCAUCAAAAUAUCCCAUCCAAUUGACAAAUGAUUAAAAAAAAGAUACAUUUAUAAUAUACUUAGAAUAAAGAUGGGGCUAAACUUUUUAUUUUAAAUGUGACAAUAACGCCCCUUAUUCAUUAAAUAAUGAAGUAAAUAAACCUAUGUGAAUGUUAACUUUAAGAUCAAAAUAACCAAAUUGGAAACAUUUGGUAUAUCGGCUAUGCUUUUAACGUAAGCUACUUUGGCCUUUAGGGGACAUUAUAGGCACCCAGAUCACGUUGUCUCAUUGAUGCAAAACAAACAAGAUGGAAAACAAUCUCCAAGUCUGCUGUAUUUGCAGUAUGACUAUGUUAUAUUAAAGGGACACUCCAGGCACCCAGACCACUUCUGUCCAUUGGAGUGGUUUGGGUGCCAACUUCCACUACCCUUAACCCUGCAAGUGUAAUUAUUGCAGUUUUUUAUAAACUGCAAUAAUUACCUUGCAGGGUUAACUCCUCCACACUUCCGGGUUUAUAGCACAUGAAAAGUGUGCUAUAACGUCGCAGGAUGUCCUCACGCUAUGUGACGACCUCAAGCGUUGCUAAAAUCCCCAUAGGAAAGCAUUGAAAGCAUUUUUCAAUGCUUUCCUAUGGGGAGGUCUAUUGCGCGUGUGUGGCAUUGCCGCGCAUGCGCUUUAGGUCUCCCCCGCCGGCAGCCAUGCAUGCGCAAUAGGUCUCCCCUGUCAGAUGACGUCGGCGGGGGAGGAGCGUGGGCGAGCCCUGGAUACAGGUAAGUCACUAAAAAGGUUGGGAUGGGGGGUGGGAGGGAGAGGGGACCUGCAGAGCCAUGAAAAUGGUUUGUUUUCCUGGCACUGGAGAGUCCCUUUAAUAUCUCAAAUGAACUAACAGAGUUAUUCACUAAAGUGAGAAUCUGAGGUGAAAUUUAAUUUAAGGUCAAAAAAGUCGAACUGGAAAAAUUCAGCUAUGCUUUCCACUCACCUACUCUGGCCUUUUUUAAAAAAUUCACUUUGAAUUCUCACGUUAGUAAGUAAUCUUGUUUGAAUUCAACCUUGAAUUGAACCAAUUUCUCAGAGCACCUGCCUUUCAAAGACUUCUCAUUGAGCUGCAAUGAGAUGUCUGUGAUUGGACAGCCUCAGAAAGCCUGGGCGGGGUUAGAAGGGGAGGGCUUGCAAAGACUGCAGACAAGAGAUCUGAAGCUUUUGCAAGUUAGGAAAAAGAGAAUAUGAAAACCCAGAGAACGGGCAAAAGCUUAGAGAAACUCAGUAGCUUUCCAUUCCGUUAAUCCCCAUUCAUGUCUCAAAUGUUUUUGCUCAGUUUUGCCAUUACAAAGAGAACCUAUAUCAUUUGCAUCAGUGCUCCGCAACACUCUCCUCAAGGCACACCUAACAGUCCAGGAUUUAGGGAUUACCUGGGUGUGUCUAAGGUGUUUGGAAAAAGAAAGAAAAAAAUACCUUAGAGUCUAGGGUGUUUUUUAGUUUUUUAUUUAAACAUCUUGGACACACCUGGGUAAUUCCUAAAUCCUGGACUGUUGGGUAGAGGGGUGAAGAGCACUGAUUUGCAUAUAAGACUGAAGAAGACCGGAAUGAUUGUCCGGGAGGCUGUAUCUCUCGUGCAGAAAUAACUUGCUGGCAUUUCGGUUCCGGAAUGUCCUUAUGGUGGGAUCAGUCUGAUGUGCAAAUAGUGUAGGUACUCUUUGUAAUGGCAAAAGUGAUCAAAGACAGUUUUGAGAUCUAAACGAGGGCUAACGGGAGGGCAAGCUACUGAGUUCCUCUAAGCUUUUGCCCAUUCUCAGAAUUCUCAUAUUCCCUGGGGGGUUUUUGCAAGCUGUUUUAAGAUAUACCCCCAAUGAAAAAAUGCAUAAUGCAUACAUGUUUUUAUUUAAGGAAUAUCUACAAAACAGUUGUUUUUACUAUUUAAUUAUUUUAAUCUAUUUAUUUUUGUUUGGCCAGUGGAGUGUCCCUUUAAUGCUGACGCCAAAGCUUAAUCCCAUUAUUCUCAGGAUGCUAGUAAAUCUCAGCAUUGUAAACGUAAAUCAACAGACAGGUAAACUCCACCAGGCUGUAAUGGAUGUUAAUUGCUACUCAUUUGUCAGUUCAUCACAGGUCACUGUAUAAAGGAUAAUUCUCUUAUUUUGGGAACUCUCUGCGGCUUUUCUAAAGGGGUUUCAGUAUCGGCUUGUUUGCAAAUAAUAGUAUGUGUAAGAAUUGCAAUUCCUAUAAAUAUGCUCUAGGAAUAUAUAUAUAUAAAAGAAUUUAGGUAAUUGGCUGUCAUUCACGUCAUCUCCCAAUCUUAUCUCCCUGUCUUUCUCUCCAUGAGCUUUCUUUAGAUAUUUCUUCCCAGAAAUACGAAUUGAAAUACGUAAACCUAGAGACAUUCACAGCUGGAGCUUCGCAAUCUGAGGACCCUGCAUCCCGUACCCUGUAUGACUCAAUAUAUUAUGCGCCUUCACUUCCUUCGCAAAGGAUGAUUAAAAUCCUAGUUUUUAUCCUACAUCUGCUUCAUUCUUCCAACUUCAUAGAGGCUGACAAUUAGACGCACUGUGUAGCUGCAUAAAUUGUCUCAAAACAAGAGGAGUUUAUUGUUAUCUAUUUUAAUAAAAUUGGCUGCAUUCUCCUGCGCUCUGCUUGAAGUCUGCCCUUCGCCCACAUCAUUGUUAUAGAAUGUGUUAACAUCCAGCUUGGCACUUUCCCCAGAAUGGCAUGAUUGGAUGUAUGGCCAGGAAUUAUCAUGACAAUUCAUACCAUCACAAACUCUCGUCAGAAUGUUCGCAUGAAUUGUUGGAAUGGGUGGCAGUGUUUGGGUAACAAUGGCAGAACAGGAUUAACAAUAAGAUGUGUUUGGGCAGCCACCUAGGGUCCAGAGGUUAGACAUGGACUCUUUAACCAUGAAUUUGCUGGCCCCAUUUACCAUCUCUAUCUGAAAAAUUGAUGGGAGGCUAUAAUAACCUACCUAGGGCCCCAAGAUCUAACUCUGUCUCUGAACAAGGGCACAGUGAUACAUGUAACAUUGUGUGUAGAUGUUACUGGACACUUGAGUGUUCCCUUAUGGACCAGCAGGUAGAGCAGGACAUCUGUACCCCCUUAUGGCAAGAGCUAUCCACAAAAUUAGUAUUUCAUAAAUAUAAAAUCUUUAUGAAAUACUCAUAUUAACUGUUUUGGAAUUUCACUGAAAUCAAGAGUCAUACUGAGGCAAUAUAGGGACUACUUUGUCUCAGAAUUUCCUAAAUUAGACACUUCUAGACAAUGGGUGAAGCUACAAGUGUCAAUCUCCUUAGUUGUCAUCAGUGAAGGCUGCAGGGAAUUGGCUGUGUCUAUGGAGGAUCUUGCGUUCUCAAUGCUGUACUCUCCAGCAUGCAGAAGGUGACCUGUUAGAAGAAGAUGGAGGCACCAGCGAGGGACAGGUUUGGGUAAGUUAUACUCAUCUUUGCCUGCCUACCCCCCUCCCCUGGCUACCAGAGAGGUGCGUAAAUACUCCUCCUGCAUGAGAGAUAUUGCUUACUAAGUAUCUUAAUCAUAUGGCAAGAUCCAUUAGUGCUCUGUAAGGUUCAAAAUGUGUUCUCAGGCAGACUACAGCUCCCAUGUUGCUCAUCCAAUGUACAGAUCACAUGGUGUUCAAUUAGACAAUGGUUCACAUAAUACUAUGCCAGACUAUAAUAGUAAGCCAGACUAUGGCUUUCAAUCUGAACAGACAGACUGCUGCUCCCAUAAUGCUCAGCUGGACUAGGCCUUCCAUUAGUGUGAGCCAUACUAUAGCUCCUAUGAUGCUCAGAGAGCCACAUUCACAGGCAGUUAAAGAGACAGCAGUUGCAUGAGUUGAUUGGAGGGAAUUUCUGCUCAUAGUAAAGUGCUUUCAUGCUCUCUAUGCAGGGAGCUCAGCUCUAGUUAGUUAGAUGGCAAACCCGUUGACAGUCAAGUAUGUGACCUGUGCCUUAGUCUCUAUGGGAGUCACUGGCACACUGUUUCCAUGGUUACAUGCCUGUCCUGUUUAAUUUCUCCCUGUGUUGUUAGGUAUGUCUCUGUAGGGAUUCCACAUGAAAUACAGGGUAAUCAGUCAUUGCCCCCUCCCCCCACCUGCCACCUGCCCACAGUAUAAGAUAAAUGCAAUAAAUACAAAAUAAAUGCUUUUUUUUGUUUAGUUUUUUUACGUUAGAGGUGCUGCUUCUCUGAAUAUUGGACUUAACUUUAUAGUAAUCGAUGACUUUAAAUAAUUUGGGAAUUUAACCAAAAGAUCACAUACACUUACAAAUCUGUGCCCCUAUACUGGCACAUACUGCCACCCAGUGGCCAAUUAAAUAAUAUAUUAAAUAAUAUAUUCUGAGUUAUACUGGAGAUCCCAAUAUGCAUGCAUAGUAUAUAGAACAUUUCAUCGGGGUGUUCUCCAAAGUUUAUUUAUUUUAUUUUUUUAAAUAAAAAGCUUUUUUUGAAUUACUCUGUCAAAAAUGAUUUUUAUUUUAUUUAUUGCCAACAAAGAAAAAUUUAAAAAGGUUACUCCAACCACCAUAACCACUUCUGCUUUCACAGUCUGUAAGUGUACCGUUUCUGCUUUAAAUGCUGCGCAUCCAGAGAUAUUUGUACUUGUGUGCCACGAGUUAGUUGCACCCCAGGCACGGGUGUCUUUGAAAAAUGUUAAUUUCCUUGCAGGCAGAGCAUUCAUCUCCUCUCAUUCCAUGCUUUAAUUUAGUCCUCUACUUUAAUGGCUUUUGAUUACUUUUCUCUCCUUCUGUCUGCCCCCACUCCCUCUCCUUACUGGAUCAGAGUGUGUCCACGCGCUCUGUGCUAGUUGAACUGUCCAAUCAAAUGCUUCUCUAUGAUAAGGAUUUGGUUCGACCAAGGAAAGGAAGUCAGUGACACAGUGUGACAUGAGGACGGGGCGUGGAAGACCCUUGAUUGGCACUGGAAUCAAUGUAAGUUUUAAACUAUUUAAUGCAUUUUUCAUUGCAUUAAAAUUCUAAACCUAUUAGAUAGCGCCCAUAGGGCAUUACAUAUAUAUAUUAAAAAAAAAAAAUCUGAAAAAAGGGUUACUCCAAGUAUCCCUGAAAUAUGACUUUAAAAAUACAUGCCUAAAAUAUUAACGCACAAAACAGUAAGAUAUUUUCCUCAGUGUUACCCAGGCAAGAGAAAAUAAUAUAAUAAUAUAAUUGUUUAUAUAUUUUUUUAAUCACAUAAUGAAAAAUAAUUCUAAUAAUGUGAUUCAAUCAGAUAAAGAGAUGUGCCAAAAAUGAGACAGAAAAUAUCAAACUGUUUCUCUAUUGUGUGAGCAGGUAAUCACACCGGGGAUCAUUGAGCAUACCUAUGCAAUAACACGCGCCUUUUGCAAUAACCUAUUGCACGCGCCUAUGCAAUAAUGAUACCGGAGAAACUGACGGAAGCAAAGCACAGAGGGAUGGACACAGGUUUCUUCAGGAAGGAAGAGAUUCUUUAUUGGAUCACCGAUCGGGACUCAGAGGGACUAAUGUCACCAAAAAUACAGCAAGUUCUGAGCCCUGAACAAUAGUGCAGGCUCCCUAUAUAGGCACAUAACUCCUCCCAUAUUAAGCUCCACCCGCACAUUCUCUUGACCAAUCAUUACAAAUAAGAAUUAACUUCCUGCUUGACCGCAUGGCUUGUCCAGCACAAUGGAGGAGGGGAAUACUACAUCCUGUAUUCUUGCACAUGCUCCGUACACUACUGAUCGUAUCUUGCCUCGUGCAACCAACUGAUCGAUACGUCAGCAUAUGCACGUACACAUGCCACGUGGUAAUCUCGGCCUACUAAAUUUAUUUUUACCGAGAUUCCACCACAUUCCCCCCUUUGAUGCCUCUUGAUAUUUUACAAUUACUUGAGGCAUCACUUAACCUUGGUUUGCAUACACCACAAGUUACCUUUGAACCAGACCAGACUUAUCCUAUGAUGUGAAUCUUCAACACUCGUCUUCCUGCAUUGGUUCUCCCUGAUCUAGAGCCUUAUAUUUAUAAAUUGCCAUUAUCUGUGCAGCAGCCUUCCUCUCUGCUAUAUUUUCUAUCAGGCUUUGCACAGACCUAACUACUAAGGGUAUAAGACACGGCAGGAGUAGACACAACAUUAAAAUCAGUAGGACUCCACCUACCACUGCCUUAAGCCCUCCAAACCACUCAUACCAGCUACCAAACCAACUACUUGGAUUGUACCCUUUCCAUACCUGAGUAGGCACAUGCGCUAGUUUAACCAUAUGGCUAGUAAGCUCAGCUAUUGCUUGCCCUUCGUCAUCUAUUUGAAGACAGCAAUUGCUCAGGUUAAACUUCCCACAUACACCUCCCUCUACUGCCAAAAGAUAAUCCAAGGCUAAUCUAUUUUGGUAAACUGCUGUCCUCAUCCUGGUAUUAUGCUUCGCUAGAAGAUUGAGCGCUUGUGAUGUCUCGUUAGUAAUGAUCUCAACCACCGCCUGUAACCUUAUAAUGCGGUUGAGCAUAUAAAUAGGGGUUCUAUAACCAAAGGUACCAUCCUCUGCCCACGUGGCUGGCCCAUAAUAAUCUAUAAUACGCUGGGGAGGCCAUUCAUUAUCUUCCCAGGCACCUAUCUCUAUGGGUCCCCUUUUCUUCCUAUGAUUCACAUCAUACACUUUAACACCUAAAGUCUCACCUGUUUCAAUAGGCAACAAGAAGAAGGAUGGUUUUAACAUACCCAACACACAUGCCCCUUCCCAGUCCUGUGGUAACUCCGAAUAGGCCUUCUUACCACAGAUCCAGUACAAAUUCGCUGGGGCUCUCCAGUUAGAUGUGAUGGAUAGAUCAAACCAUACGUCCUUUAAAUUGGCAUAUCUUGCAAACGGGUUAGAUGGUUCUGAGACAUUUGAAGCCGACCACCAAGUUGUAUUCUUUGUAUCAUCAUCAUAAGCUUUUGCCCUAGACAAGUUAAUUCUCCUACAGAAGUAUUAUACAUCAUUCCUUUCCUCGCUAUGCAAACAUAACCUAUGAUGGAGGUCUUCAAUCUCCACUCAGAUUUACCUCUAACACUCAUAUGAUAGUCGGCUUGUGUAGAUAUUAAUUGGUCAACUGCCUCAGAACCGGACAUUACCUCCUUUGCUUCCCAAGGCCAUUGGUCUCCCAUGUUAGUACCUCCACACACAUAGCAGUUGGUAACAUUAAGACUACCGGCAAUACUCUCGGCUAAAUCAAUGAACAAGUUUUUAGCAUUAUGGGGGAUCUUAUUAUCUAUGCUCAUCUCUUCAUAAAAGGAAUGGUAUACUUGAUGAGUUUGGGAGGUUACCGUAUCAGACUCUAUCCCUAUAAACAAUAUUGUCCCAGGGUCUAAACCCGUCCCAUAUAUUUGAAACCCAAAUAAAUUACCAUAUUUAUCUAAGAACUUGUCAGGGUUAUUUAUAAGUAUAUGGAUUGGAUUGCAUUCCAUAGACUUACAAUAUGGAUUAGUAGGCAACUUAGUCACAAUCAUGUCCUUGUCUGCUGUCUGUCCCCAAGUCGCCCACCCCACACAAGACCAAUAUGGGCAGAAGUUAUAAUCUCUAUUUGGGCAUCUUGGACUUACAUAUUUAUUUUUACUACUGGGACAAAUAUAUUUAUCGUUAGACCCAUACGUCCUCUCCCAUCUAAGAUCCCCACAUACAUUCCACGGCUUUCUACCACUUGAUAUUGCUUUACACGCAUCAAAUAGCAGAGCACCUGAAGAAUAUACGGAUUUUAAUACCGUCUUAUUAAUUAGGGUCCCCUGAGGAUCUCCAUUUCUGAGAGUCAACCAAAUUGUACGGGGUUGAUACUCAGGACUGAAGUACUUAGGUUCUCCUACUCCUAAAUGACACACACUAUAUUCUAUAUUUAAGUAUCUACAUCUUGAUACAUCUCCUUUACACUCAUAUUGCGAAUGCCAAAUUAGGGUCUGGGAUAUAUGGUUACCUGUUCUUGUAGUCUUAAUGCAUACCUCACAGCUAGGAGUGUUGGUACCUCUACCUUCCUGAAUAUAAAAAUACACAUAAAUAAACAUUAUUAAAAAUACAUCUUUCGUCGUCAUCCUCAGUCUUCGUCCGUGUGAAGGCACCUCAGCUUCCAGGAUGUAAGGACUGCAGGGAAUGGAGUUCUGCUCGCCUUCACAGGGGUCCCCUCAAGACUUUCCCUGACUUAUACACUCGUUGGUGAGUGGACAGGCUUUAUUAUGGCCUUCUCACUCACUUACCAAGUCUCUGAAACAAUAAAAUUUGUAAUCUACAAGGUUCCUUGUCACUCCGACUGAGUCAUGCGUUUUAACCGGAUCUUGCAGGGAUUCUCUGGAUUUGCUGUAACUUGCCAGGAAUCGGCUGCUGCUGGUUUAACCCUGGAGUGAUGUAUCCACGGAGCCACUUCGGCUACUUUUAUCGCUGUAGGGUAGACAGAAGAACAACAUAAGGACCUCUCCACUUGGGCCCUAACGGCACAUUAUUCCACUCUUUAAUCCACACUUGGUCGCCUGGGUGGUAACUAUGAAUUGGGGGAUAAAUAUUCACAGGUAAUCUAUCUUGUACCCAUUUCUGUACCUCCUCCAUAGUCUUACCCAACUCUACAACCUGCUGCCGGGUAAUUCCUUCUCCCAACUGACUCAAAUCCCCCCUUAAGUUACCAAGCACGGGAGGUGGUCGCCCGUACAUGAUUUCAAAAGGAGAGAGGCCCAUCCUUCUGGUAGGUGUACCACGGAUUCGCAAUAGAGCUAUGGGCAAGAGAACGUUCCACUUAAGUUGGGUUUCCUGACACAUUUUAGCCAACUGAUUCUUAAUAGUUCUAUUCAUUCUCUCUACCUUACCAGAACUCUGGGGUCUAUAUGCCGUAUGAAGCCUCCACUUUAUACCAAGCAUAUGAGUCAAUUGUUGUAGGCACUGAUGAACAAAAGCUGGACCAUUGUCCGAUCCUAUAGAGCAGGGUAGUCCAUAUCGGGUAUUAUUUCUCGUAGCAGGAAUCUCACGACUUCUCCUGCUUUCUCUGUACGAGUAGGACAUGCUUCUACCCAGCCUGAAUAGGUGCACACCACUACCAGCAGGUAGCGAUGUCCACCCGAUUUAGGCAUCACUGUAUAGUCAAUUUGUAAAUCGGACAUGGGAAGUCCCCCAUAAACUGGACUCCUGGUGGCUUUACUGGUCCUUGUCUUGCAUUAUUUUUAGCACACGUUACACAUCUACGUACAAUGGCCUGAGUCAAGUUGGACAAUCUUGGUAUGUAGAAAUGUUUUCUGAGAGAUUCUUCUGUACUGUCUCUCCCAGAAUGUGUCCCGUUAUGAUAGUUUUGGACAAUUUCUACCGCUAGUGAUGCUGGAAUAACUAUUCUUCCAUCUUCUAACUGAUACCAUUUGUUCUCCAAAUACUUUCCAGGUUCAGUCCUUAACCACUCCUCUUCUUGAGCUGUAUAAAUUGGAGUCCAUUGAGACAGUGGAGUUGGUAUAAGAGCAGCCAUAUGCCCCACAUAUUCCUGUCUUCCUGAUUCAGCAGCACGCUUAGCUGCACUAUCUGCCAUCCGAUUCCCUUUGGUUACAUCACCAUCUCCUCUCAGAUGCGCCCGACAAUGUAUAAUACCGACUUCUUUCGGCUCCCACACUGCUUCCAAUAGUUGUAGGAUCUCAGCUGCGUAUUUGAUUUCUUUGCCUUCUGAAUUCAAUAGUCCUCUUUCUUUAUACAAAGCUCCGUGGGCAUGAGUGGUUAAAAACGCAUACUUGGAGUCCGUGUAGAUGUUCACUCUUAAACCUUCAGCCAAUUGUAACGCUCGUGUCAGUGCUAUCAAUUCUGCCUUUUGUGCUGAUGUUCCUUUUGCCAGUGGCCGAGCUUCUAUCACCUUGUCUAUCGUUGUUACUGCAUAUCCUGCAUAGCGGAUCCCUUCUUUUACAUAACUACUGCCGUCGGUGUAAUAUUGAACAUCAGGGUUCUGGAUGGGAAAAUCACGAAGAUCUGGUCUACUUGAAAAUACUUCAUCCAUUACUUCCAAACAAUCAUGUUGACUUUCAGUAGGUUGUGGCAAAAGGGUAGCUGGAUUUAAGGUAUUUACAGUCUCUAAAUGCACUCUUGGGUUUUCACACAACAUUGCUUGAUACUUGGUCAUACGGCUGUUACUAAACCAAUGAUUUCCUUUGUAAUCCAACAACGUCUGUACUGCAUGUGGAACUCGUACAUAAAGUUCUUGACCCAGAGUGAGUUUAUCGGCUUCAGCUACUAGCAGGGCGGCUGCAGCUACAGCUCUUAGACAAGGUGGAAGUCCGCUGGCCACUGCAUCCAGUUGCUUAGACAUGUAGGCAACAGGUCUUUGCCAUGAUCCCAAGUACUGUGUCAAUACUCCCACAGCCAUUCUUCUUUGCUCAUGUACAUACAGGUAGAAUGGCCGUGUGUGGUCAGGUAGACCUAAUGCUGGGGCACUCAUCAAAGCCCUCUUCACAUCUUCGAAUGCCGCUUGCUGUUCUUGAGUCCAUAAGAAGGGGUCGUGCUCUGUACCUUUGAUAGCUGCAUACAGAGGUUUUGCCAGUAUCGCGUAGCUGGGAAUCCAUAUCCUACAGAAGCCUGCUGCCCCAAGAAUUCUCGCACUUGUCUUCUAUUCCUGGGUAUCGGUAUUUGGCACACAGCUUCUUUUCUCUCUGGCCCCAUAAUUCUUUGACCUUCAGAGAUAUGGAAUCCCAGAUAUUUGACAGUUGGCAAACACAACUGAGCCUUCCUUCUUGACACCUUGUAUCCUGCCUUCCAGAGAAUGUGUAGUAGAUCGUGCGUUGCUUGCUGACAUACUUCCUUUGUAACUGCUGCUAUCAACAAGUCAUCUACAUAUUGUAAUAAUACACACUCUCCUGGGAUAGACUCGAAAUCUAGUAGAUCUUGACUUAGAGCUGAACCAAAUAGGGUAGGUGAAUUUUUAAACCCCUGGGGCAAUCUUGUCCAGGUCAUUUGGCGUUUCGAGCCCGUUACAGCAUUUUCCCAUUGGAAAGCGAAGAUACAUUGGCUUUCUGCGGCAAUUCGGAGGCAAAAGAAGGCAUCUUUGAGAUCUAAGACUGUAAAGUAAGUAGCCCCGCCCGGAAUUAAAGCAAGCAGGUUAUAUGGAUUGGGCACGACUGGAUGUAUACUAACAACCGCAUCAUUGACUGCUCUCAAGUCCUGCACAGGUCGAUACUCAUCUGUACCGGGCUUUUGAACAGGCAGCAAUGGGGUGUUCCAGGGGGAAGUACAGAAUUUUAGGAUACCAUACCGUAUGAACUUAUCCAGAUAAGAUUGGAUGUUCUUCUUAGCCUUCUGCGGAAUAUGAUAUUGUCUCAGGCUUACUGGAUAAACCCCAAGUUUUAGUUCGAUUUUAAUAGGUGGAAUAUUGCGGGCCAGUCCUGGUGGGUUGUUCUCUGCCCAAACUCCUGGUAUGUUAAAUAAGGAUUCAUCACUCCUCGGGUUUUGGCUAGUCAACACUGUAUAAAGUCGCCACUCUUCUUCCUUUGGUACGGACAAUGUCAUAAUACCUGAGGGUCCAUUAAACUUUAAGGAUGUUGUUCCAUUUGGUAGGAACGUAAUCUGCGCUUGUAAUUUGGAUAGCAUAUCACGCCCCAGCAAUUGGACUGGACACUCAGGCAUAUAAAGGAAUUGAUGUUUUACUACGUGGCCUCCCAAUGUACAGAGUCGACUUUUAAGAACCGGUUUUUCAGCACUUCUUCCAGUUGCUCCUAUUACAGUAAUAGUUCUUCCAGAUGGAGGAGCAACUUGAUUAGUCACCACCGAAUGUUCAGCACCAGUGUCGAUCAUGAACGCACUCCUUUUUCCCCCUAUUGAUACAUCGACCAUAGGCUCCGCUCGACCAAGGGGGAUGGAGCCCGGUCGGUAUCAAUAGUCCUCCAUGACCGUGUCAGCCAAUCCCACAAAGUCCCUACCUUCUCUAUCGCGGGACCUUUGCGCUGCUGGAUAGUACCUAUCUUCCCUUACACUUCCUCUGUUCCCAUUACUCCCUCUAUUACCAUUACUCCCUCCGGGGCCUCCUCUACCUCUCGCUCUGCCUCUAAAGUUUCCGUAACCUGCCCUGGGUAAGUCUCUCUCAUACUGCUCUCUUUGCGGACACUCGUUCCUCCAAUGCCCUUCUUCCUUACAGUACGCGCACUGAUUCCUACUCAAAGGCUCCCUAUUCCAUCUACCAUCGCCUCUAUCUGGGCCCCGUCUAUCUACGCCUGCGAUCGCUACCGCUAGCAUAUCUGCCUUUCUACGCAUCUUGCGCUCUUCCUCUUUCUUACUUUCUGUUUCCCUAUUCAUAUAUACUUUGUUCGCUACCUCCAUUAGUUGGGUGAUAGACAUACCUGCAAACCCUUCUAAUUUCUGUAGCUUGCGCUUAAUAUCUCCGUAAGCUUGGCUGACAAAGGCGGAGUUUACCAUUCGGGAAUUAUCAGCGUCUUCCGGAUUAAAGGGGGUAUACAAGCGGUAUGCCUCCAAUAAUCGGUCAUAAAAGACACUGGGCGCUUCAUCACUUUUCUGAAUCACCUCAACUGUCUUCGACAUGUUAAUAGCUUUCUUCCCUCCGGCUUUCAUGCCAGCAAUUAUAGCAUCUCUAUAGGCUUUAAGUUGAGCCAUAUCUGCGCCAUUUACAUUCCAGUCAGGAUCGGUGUUAGGGUAAUGUGUUGCGGCCCAUGCUGCCGGAUUGGCUUGAUUUAAAGCACGGGCUCUCUCCUCUAGCGCCUUAAUGGCCGCUUGGUUAAUCCUUGUCCUUUCCUCAUUAUUGAACAAUGUCAUUAAUAACUGCUGGCAAUCAGCCCAUGUCGGGUUAUGUGUCUGAACUAUCGAGGUGAACAGAUCGGUCAUAGCUUGUGGUUUCUCAGUGUACGAGGAAUUGUGGGUCUUCCAAUUCAAGAGAUCGGUAGUCGUGAACGGGACAUAUACGAAGACUGGGUCAGCAUGUGCCAUUUGACCUGCGGCAUCGAUAUAGGCUGACCCAGGAUUCAGACGAAGAGGCAUCUGAUAAUGUUUUAAUUGUUGGGUACCGGUCAGUUGUCGGGUUAGUAUGGGGCUACGUGGAGGGGCGUCAGUUAAAGGUUCCGGUCGAGAGGUAAUAGGGCAUGAGGAUGUGGGAACUUGAUUUUGGGAAAAGUUAGUGAAUAGUAUACUCCGAGCCGAGCUAGAAGAAGCUUGACCGGAAGUUUGAAGUGGCGCCAAAUCAGGAUAUUCAAAUCUAAUGGGGGUUGGUCCUGGUUCCGGAAGGGGAGUUUUAAUACGAGGGGGGUGGAUUCUGUACUGGAGGAGGAAGCGGAAGUGGAUGGGGGCAAUAGGGGAAGGGGUGCAGAGCUUCCUGCAUUCGCGUCACUUCCUCUUAAAGGAAAGUAAGGAGGCGGCAAAGGGAUCUCGGACUCAGGGGGCGUGUCCAAAAUGGGCCUAACACCAGUCCUAGUGGACAAACAAGUCCUGGCCACCAUGAGGCGACAUUGCUCCUCGUGGCAUAUCCGGAUCCAUUUUGGCGAGUCGUUUACGGCCUGCCCCCAACAAUCAAUGUAUGGAAACUGUCCGUAAAGUUCAGGCCUACCUGACACAGCCACGUGUACACGCUGUACCAGGGUUGGAUCCAAACUGCCACGCGGCGGCCAUGCCGCAACCAAAAUAGGCCACUCCCUAGUGCACAAAGUGACCAAACGUACAGGAGACAUUUUAACCCCAAAAUCACAUGUUUUGAAUCCCUUUUUAAAAUUCUUUACCAUACAACCUAAGGGAUCCGAAAUCGUUGACUCUGACGCGCCCAUACUUAUCAAUGGAACGUCGUUGACAACGAAUACUAUGCACGCGUUCUUAUUCAACAGUCACACCCGUUUCCUCUGGCAACAGCACCACGUGGUACAGUUACCGAGUGAAACGUACACAAUAACACAAUAAUCACUCAGGGAAUUCCCGUACACACACAGCUGUUACACCAGUCACUAAAUAAUCAAUAUUAUGCCCUUUGGCGAAACUAUACAGUCACCCACGCUAUAAUUCUCUAUAUAUGAAUUACCCGCCUAUAACACACCCCAGUAACAUCGUCUUUUACUAGUAUCGGUUACAGUACGGUUAGCAUAGGUCAAAGCACAAUUUAAGGUCACAAUACAAUUAUUAGUGGUUACGGUGUUAAACAUGCAAUAGACGACAAUGAUUAGUACUUAUAUACAGUGUCAGUAAAUAUACAGGGUUAUGGUACCGUGCACUAUGAUACAGCAACACACUAUUAACACUCUCGCUAGACGGCUGAGCUCGCGCUAUCUAACAAGAUAUACACUUUACUAACAAUCUUUAACACAUUUACAAUCCCAACUAAACUAUUGGCCAGUACCUUGAAUGGACUACCUAAAACUAUAUACACCCGCUUUGGUUAGCCACACUGCCCAAACACCACAUAUAGCGAACUAGAGGGCGAAAUUUACAAAAUUGCCCUUCUAGUCUAUUUACUCUAUCAAAAGUCUAGUGGGUUCCAAAUUUACACGCCUUCCCACUUAGCCAAGAUAGGUUGAGAGCUAGCGAACCGAAUUUACACAGGCGCCGCUUAGUCUCCCGGUCCCUCCGACCUAGCGAACGUAAUAUACACCCUAGAACGCUAGUCUAGACAAGACACCGGUGUCCGGCUAGGGCUAUUUACACAGGACCCCGCCUGACUAACCAGAUCAAACGGCCUUACUAAAGAGCGUUCGAUCGAGCGGUGCGCCUUCGCUCCUUCCCUCCGACAGAGGGGGCAGAUUCCAUACACAGAUUUAAACCCCUUUUGGGCCUACCGCACAAUCGGUAUACCCCUAGUGGGUCUGCCGUCUAAAACAGCAGUUGUCUUACCUCCUCGCUCCUGAACCUGAGUUCACACUCAUCGACGGGGACACCCCAGCACUUCUUACGUAGAGGCCGAUGAUCUCCUGGACAACAGACCAGUGGCGCCGAGACGAAGGGAGGUCCACGCAGAAGUUCAGGGGUGCAGCCGUAGAGAACGUGGGCAAAGAUAGACCGUCUCACGCCUCUGCCUCUCAGCUACCGUUGAACGAUGAGCUUCCCGGCCAAUGCACCAAAUGAUACCGGAGAAACUGACGGAAGCAAAGCACAGAGGGAUGGACACAGGUUUCUUCAGGAAGGAAGAGAUUCUUUAUUGGAUCACCGAUCGGGACUCAGAGGGACUAAUGUCACCAAAAAUACAGCAAGUUCUGAGCCCUGAACAAUAGUGCAGGCUCCCUAUAUAGGCACAUAACUCCUCCCAUAUUAAGCUCCACCCGCACAUUCUCUUGACCAAUCAUUACAAAUAAGAAUUAACUUCCUGCUUGACCGCAUGGCUUGUCCAGCACAAUGGAGGAGGGGAAUACUACAUCCUGUAUUCUUGCACAUGCUCCGUACACUACUGAUCGUAUCUUGCCUCGUGCAACCAACUGAUCGAUACGUCAGCAUAUGCACGUACACAUGCCACGUGGUAAUCUUGGCCUACUAAAUUUAUUUUUACCGAGAUUCCACCACAAUAACACUUACUGACGUAUUCACUAAACUUUGAAUAGUAGCAAAUUGAAGACAAAUGGCAAAAUGUAGGUAAAAUAGCGGAUCUGGAAAUAUUCUCCAUUUUGGCUGUUCUCCAACUUGGCUAUUUAAGACUAAAUUUUUGCUAUUUGGACUUUAAUUCAAUCAUUAGUUUCCUGAAGGAGAUCAGUUGGUAUGACAUCAAUACAAAGUGGCAGUACUUUGCAAGCCAAUGAGCUGAACAUGGGAAUGAAGAAAUAUCAGAUAAUAUGGGUGUGACUGUAUCUAUGAGGUUUCUGCAAGUGACAGCAGGUCUGUCUGCGCACCAGUCAUUGAGAACAGAAAGCAUCGAGAAAUAAGACCUGCGUGCCAACUCUUCCAGAGCGUGGGGGAUGGGAUACACUAUAAUCUGCUCAUCUAAAAUGAAAUGUUCUGGGUUUCGGGAAUUAUUAUUUUAAUAUCACAAUCACAGACCUUACUGACCUCUACUGAUACUAAAAGGGACACUGAGGCAAGUGGAACACUACAAGCAUUCAUUGCAAUUAAGUUGUUAUGGUGCAAGGAGGUCCCAGGCACUGUCUUGCCUGUCUUACAAGUGAAACCAUUAAAGAAAUUUAACCAAAAGUCUGUAAACCUGCACACAAACAUUCUGCCACUUCAAUAAGGAUGCCGUCGGCGAUAGACUGAGAACAUCCCCAUUAUUUAUUUCUCUCACUUUUUUAAAAGUGGGGGCCUACUGAUAGGCUGACAGAAUCAGCCGACACUCUCAGCCUAUGGACAUUCAGCCCAAUGCUUCCUAAUUGAAGGGGCAGAGCACUCAGCUUUGCAGACUAUAGGGUUAAACAGUUGGUGAAAAUUAGCUUUUUAUGUGAUAUGAAGCUAGAACAAAUUUUCCAUAAAGCAUCACCUUGCUAUAAUAAAACAGUGCCUUACAGCGAUACUUUCAAAGAAUCCUUAGAAAGAAACUUUGUCUUUGUAUGUUUCUUACGCCUGUCGCUUCUAGACACUGAGCUGAGCUACCGCCAUCUUGAAAUGUCAAUCCCCCAGGCAUCAUCAGGGAUCCUCUAUAGACCUCCAUGCUAUACUCUCGAGCAUAUAUGAGUGAAUUCAGCAGUGAUGUCAGUUUCCGGCGCUGAAGAGCAAGAAGCUGAAAGCGACCCACCCAGAAUGGACAGGUUCAGAUAAGUAAAACUCACCUUUGUCUGCUUCCCUGCCUCUAACACCCCCAGUGGUACGUUUUCUGUCUUGGCAAAUUCUGUAAAGUCCCCAGACGGUAAAAGUGCUGCUUUAACACCUUACAUAAUAACUGUCUAUACCUGGAUGCCAUCAGUGGUGUUCCUUUAGUCACACACAUCAUCAGUGAUGACAUGCUGUUAUUAUGAUGUCACUGACCUAGCCUAUAAAUACCUGGCACAUCUCUGAUCUUAGCUAGUCCAAACCUGACUGUUACAGAGCUACAACGCACAGAAUUCACAGUGACUCUAGGAUAAAUUGUUAAUGUUGACGUUUCACCAGACGUGGAAUUUGACACCGAAAUUUUACAUUUGUCUUCAAAAUAGACAAGGUACAGAAUAAGCUAAUUAGGUGAAUGUUUCCAAUAUAACUGUUUUGGCCUAAAAUAUGAAAAUGAAUUAUUUAAUUGAAACUCAUGAUCUUUGCAGAAUGCACACACGGUAGGUGUCAAACGAUGCUUUAUAUUCCAUGUUCUAAAAAUGACUUUCCCUUUAAUGCUGUGUUACCAGAACUAUAGUUUAUCCCUAACAAACAGAGGUAUUCUCGAAAGUUAGAAUUGUCCAGGAUUCAAAAUGAAGUCAAAGUAAAUUUCUAGUUUAAGGUCAAAAUAGCCGAUGUGGAAACAUUCUCCAAGUCAUCCUUGCUACCAGUUUGACUAUUUUUACCUUUGAUUCCAAAUUUAGUGAAAACCUUGAUUGCGUAAACCUAUCUUUGGUUUAAAACAUUCUGCAAUUUAUGUAGACUGAAAGCUUACACAGUUUAUCUUCAGAUCUUUCAGAUCCUAAUGUCAUAUAAGUCCCCUUAGUUUACCCCCAAUGCCCUGGUCUAUAAAUACAAUAAUGGGUUGCACCCUCUCUCUAAGGAAGUAGCAGAAGCAUAGCAAGAGACUCUGACAUUUAAUAGUGCCACCACGUCCAACACUAAUAAUGCCACAUUUCCCUUACCCCAACGGAUGCUCAGUCUUUAGAAGAAUAUCCUUCUUUUACAUUAGUGACAUGGAUUCUAUCUAAAGUGGGUGGGAGACUUCUGCUUUGGUGAUAUCUAAGUUGGGGGCAGGAUUGGAAGUGGCCUAGGACCAAGGACGUGUGAAACAGUUUUGCUUUCUUGCACUGUUGGUGCUGGUGGACUGGUGGCACCAUGGUCAUUGCAAUGUGCUGUAAUUGUUACGAUGCUUAGACUGCCCUUUGACAAAACAGGGAACUGGAGCCCAAUGGAGACAAAUAGGCGGAGGAGGGCCUUGACAGUUUUGUGCUGAGCAAGGCUGUACAGAUUGGUGGAUAUAGAAAGGGGGAGAGGCACAGGAGGCAGAGGGCAUGUAUAGGCUGGUGUAAUAGUUACACUUCAGCCAUUUUAGUUUUGCAACUGUCCCCUCAUGUUGUUGUCCCUCCCUCCCUAGUGUUGUGGUUUAUGGGGCUUGUGGUGUUGGGGUGAUACUUCCAUGUUCUGCUGGUUUUUCUCUUUCAGAAACGGCAGGUCACAAAGACGGCAGUGCUGGACAAGAUCAUUGUCGCAGCCUUGGCUGUGGAUUGCUACUGGGAUGGUCUAUGGCCUCACAAUGAGGAUGUGGUGAUAGCCUAA